AUGGCGAAGGAGACGCGAGGAAUAAACUGGAACAGCGAGGAAAUUAUUGAACUCAUUGAAAGUUGGGCGUCAGAAGAAAUUUCUAAUGAUUUUUCCGGAGUUUAUAGAAACAAGCAUGUCUAUGAAAAAAUUGCCAUUGCUUUGAGAGGGAAAGGAAUUGACAGGACCUGGGAAUCCUGUCGAACUAAAAUUAAAGGACUAAGGCAGGCAUACUUGAGGGCAAAGCUCCAUAAUAAUACUUCAGGCCAGUCCAGAAGUCGUUUUGUCUAUUUUGACAAGCUGGACGAAUUCCUUGGAUCGAAACCUCUCACAGAACCAUCCGUCCUUGUCGACACUACUGAGAACGUGGAAGAAAAAGUUGCAGUCGAAAUAAAUAAUGGUGAGACAGAGUAG